UUCAAACGUGAAGUGAGCCCACCAUUUUCACUGCUCAGUCACAGAGAAGCUCUGAAGCUCAGAGCUGCAGAAACCUUCCAAGAUUCAUUCUCCGGUCGGAGAUUUUGCCUCUUCGAACCCGCUAGCCCAUGGAGAAUUCGGCUGCCGAGAGUCUCCGAGCUCGCAAUGAAGAAGAAUCAGCUUCAGAUUCCCUCCACAGUUCCCAGGCAUGUGAUCAAAAGGAAACAAGUGGAGAGAGCUCCUUCAUUCAACAGUCUAGGCGGCCAAAUCUGUCCUCUCUUCAAAUACCUACGAGAUCUCUAGAAAGUGCUAUGUCUUCUUUUAUUCGAAUAGAUAUCCCUUCAAGUCCUAGUUCCACUAGAGCUGGACUACCUCCCAGACCCAAUUCGGCCAAGAUUAGAUCAUCAGUGAAAAAUCUGCUUCCUCAAAGAAGCUUUCGGACAAAAAAUGUGUCCCAUGAAAUUGAGAAGACAGUUCUCGUGAUCCCAGAUAUGCUUCCUUCAGAUGGCUGUCCCGAUAAACCUUCUACUUCAAGGUCAUUUUCUCUCAAUAAAAUCUUUUUCCCUUCCUCAGCAAAAGCAGAUUCUCUGCCUGCUACACCAAUCUCAAGUUCAGGUUCUGAGACUGCACAGCAAAGAAAUCAGGAAACUGCACACUGUUCUAAACCAGAAGUUAAGCAUCAUAUUACGCGCUCAUUCUCAGUUCCAGUGAACAUUAAGAAUAGAAGUCUAAGGCGAACAGAUUCUGGGGGUCUUAUCCGUGUAAUUCCAGCCACACCUCGUCCUCCAGCUGCUGAACAUCAAUCCCCAAAUGAUGGUGUAACAGAAGAUAUUGCUACUGAAGACAAUGGUGAAGAUAUUCCAGAGGAAGAAGCUGUUUGCAGAAUUUGUAUGGUUGAGCUUGCUGAAGGAGGCGAGACUCUCAAAAUGGAAUGUAGCUGCAAGGGAGAACUUGCACUUGCUCACCAAGAAUGUGCAAUCAAGUGGUUCAGCAUCAAAGGGAACAAAACUUGUGACAUCUGUAAGCAGGAUGUCCGAAACUUACCAGUAACAUUACUAAGACUACAACGCCCUCAGACUGUAAUUAGAAGAUCACAAAAUGUCCCUCAACAGAGAGAAGUCACUCGGUACAGGGUGUGGCAGGAUGUACCAGUCCUUGUCAUGGUCAGCAUGCUUGCUUACUUUUGCUUUCUGGAGCAACUUUUGGUUUCAGACUUGGGACCCCGUGCACUUGCAAUAUCUUUGCCAUUCUCUUGUGUUUUAGGUCUCCUUUCUUCCUUGAUUUCUUCGACAAUGGUGAGCAGGAGUUACAUAUGGGCAUAUGCAUCCUUUCAGUUCGCAAUUGUGAUCCUUUUUGCUCAUAUUUUUUACACUAUACUUAAUGUAAAUGCUAUUCUCUCGGUCCUCCUCUCCUCGUUCACGGGAUUUGGGAUUGCCAUCAGCACCAACUCCCUCCUUGUGGAGUAUCUUAGAUGGAGGGCAAGUAGGCAACAGAGACAAUCGCACCCAUAUGCGGAUAGAGCUCCACGGGAUCGACAGCAGCGUGAAGUACAGCAGGGACAGCAGCAAGAGAACCAAAACCAGGUCCAUCAUCAACAAACAACAGACGUUCAAAGUGCGGCGCCCACAGAAAGUUCAAUGCAGCAAGAACCAGUGGUCCGGAGCACGUAAUUCAUAAUGUCAGAUUCUAUCGCAUUGGCAAUGGCUCCAGGUGACUGCACUAUCAACAUAGUCAACUUCUCGUCAUAGAACUGCCCAGCCCGUAUGAGAAUUAGAUGUGAGAUACAGAACGAUAAAAUGCUUCAAACUAGCGGUUUGAAUCUAUUAAGCUUUGUGGGCUAAGGGUCCUAUCAAGGAUUUAGGUUCAAUAUAAGGCAAGUUUCGACAGCUGAUGUACCUUAUGAAACAACAGUUGAUGUCUCAGGGCUGUAACUUUUUCUUCGACUUUUUUCCUGAGAACGUUCAAAUUGUAAAUCCAUAAAGGCUUAUUGCCAUGAUUGUCUACUUCAAUGCGAAGUUUUCGUAGUUAUUGGUUUGGAA